AAUGUAAUAAUGACUUGAUUCAACUUAAUUCAUGAUUUUGAGGUCCUGUCACAGCCUGAGACUGAGCGAGAGAUAUAAAAGGUACCUUUUCACGACAGCGACCAUAAUCCAAGAUCAACCUCUACCAAGAUCAAUCAUCAUCAAAUUUGCAGUGCAAAAUGGCUGUGUCUGGGGCCCCAAUGUCUGUCGUCUGUCUGCUGUUUCUGCUGUCUGUCUGCAAUGCCUGUUACAUCUCCAACUGCCCAAUAGGAGGCAAGAGAUCAGCUCUAGACCUCCCACCCAGAAAGUGCAUGUCUUGUGGCCCCGGGGACAGGGGCCGCUGCUUUGGCCCAAGUAUCUGCUGUGGGGAGGGGAUGGGCUGCUAUGUGGGCUCCCCAGAGGCAGCUGGUUGUGUGGAGGAGAACUACCUGCCCUCUCCUUGUGAGGCUGGAGGAAAAGUCUGUGGUACAGAGGAGGGACGCUGUGCUGCACAGGGGAUCUGUUGUGACUCCGACGGUUGUAGCAUUGACGAAUCCUGUUUUGAGGAGGAUGAAGCAGAUUACAUAAGCCAAUCAGAGAGAAGCAGCCAUGGCCAUGAUCUGCUAAUGAAACUUCUGCACAUGAUUAGCCACACCGCUCCUCACAGAAACCACCAAUAAAACUGCCUUUACAGUUCUCAGGGACAGUCAUGCAGUGAAGGACAGUGUCCAAAAACCUGUAACAUCUUUCAAUGACAGAGGAAUAACUAUACAUAUAUUUUGUAAAGUAGAUAGAGAUGUAAAAGAUGAGUUUUUGAUUGAGACUGCAUGUACAAUGGCUUGUGCUCUGAGACAAAUAAAGCGUAUUGUCC